AUGCUUGAGAAAACGGUUGAGGAACACAAGAAACAAAUAGAGUAGUUGGACAGAUUUUGGAAUGAUAAGUAUAGAUAGUUAAGUGAAUAAGGUGGAUAGGACUAAUAGAGGAUGACAUAACAGUAUUUGACUAUUAUUGCUGAGAAUGAGCGAAAGUUCUAGAAUUUGUUCAAGAAUCAAGAAUAAUCAUAUUUGUCUUAAUUGGAAGCUUAAGAAUAGCAUUUUGAAAUGCAAAUUAAUCAACUGUCGAAUCAAUUGAGAGUAGGUGAGUGGAGAAAAGGAAUCCUUACAUACGCAAUUGGUUACUGCUUAGGCUUAAUUGAGAGAUUUCGAUUAGAGAGUGAGGGAAUUGCAUUACCAUGGGUAGACGAAAUCAGAGCAGGCUUAUUUGUAGAUAAAUGGGUUGCAAAGUAGUAAGGAAGAGUUGUUUGCAUUCAUAAAGGAGAAACAGAUUGA